AUGUCUGGUGGAGAUCAUAUUCACUCAGGUACCGUAGUAGGUAAACUUGAAGGGGAAAGAGAUAUCACUUUGGGCUUUGUUGAUUUACUGCGUGAUGAUUUUGUUGAAAAAGAUAGAAGCCGUGGUAUUUAUUUCACUCAAGAUUGGGUCUCUCUACCAGGCGUCCUACCCGUAGCUUCGGGGGGUAUUCACGUUUGGCAUAUGCCUGCUCUGACAGAGAUCUUUGGAGAUGAUUCCGGACGUGAUCUUGCUCGUGAGGGUAAUGAAAUUAUUUGUGAGGCUAGCAAAUGGAGUCCUAAAUUGACUAUUUGUGAACUGUUGUGCACCACUGCUAAUUUCUGGUCCCGUCUCCAACCUCAUCUUAUCGAAUUUCUCCACCAAUCGCCAAUAGGUAUGUUGCACAAGAGAAGCUAUAGGAAGUGCACGAAUACCUUUGAAAACACCAUUGAUGCUUUCUGCCAUUUUGGAUAUCAGGAUAGACCAACGACGCCCACCAUUGUAGUUAUCAUGUGCUAA